CGGCGGCGGCGGCGGCUGCGGGGCUGCCACGGGGGGGGGGGGGGCGGCUGGGGUGGGCUCUCGGCCCCGCUUCGCUCCCGUUUCAGCCCCGGUUCGGCCCCGGGGGCCACCGGCGGAUGGCGGCGGGGGCGGGGGAGGCGGCGGGGCCCCCCCCCGCUGCUCACAGCCCGGCCCGGCCCGGCCCGGAGGCAGCGGCUCGGGGACGCUCGCCAUGGCCGACCAGAGCAACAUCCAGUCGGCCGCCUCCAAGAGCAUCCGGCCGUUCCGCUCCAGCGAGGAGUACCUGGAGGCCAUGAAGGAGGACCUGGCCGAGUGGUUCAACACCCUGUACGAGCUGGACGUGCAGCCCGACACCUUCCUGGAGAGCCUGGAGACGGGCUGCGCCCUGUGCCAGCACGCCAACAACGUCACCCGCAGCGCCGGCGACUUCCAGCGCCGGCACCCGGCCGCCGCCGCCCGCAUGCGGGUCCCCCGGCGCGAGGUGGUCUUCCAGGCCCGCAACGUGGCCCCCGGCUCCUUCGUGGCCCGCGACAACGUCUCCAACUUCAUCCAGUGGUGCCGCCAGGACCUGGGCAUCCAGGACGUGCUGAUGUUCGAGACCAACGACCUGGUGCUGAAGAAGAACGAGAAGAACUUUGUCCUCUGCCUGCUGGAGGUGGCCAGGCGGGGCGCCAAGUUCGGCAUGCUGGCCCCCAUGCUGAUCCAGAUGGAGGAGGAGAUCGAGGAGGAGAUGCGGGACCCCACGGCGCCGGGCGCGCACCGCGAGGGCCGGGCCCCCAGGAACAGGGCCCUGGGCUCGGCCGGCGGCGGGGGGCAGCGCCUGGCCCUGUGCGACCUCAGGAACCUGGACGAGCUGGUGCGGGAGAUCCUGGGCUGCUGCACGUGCCCGUCCCAGUUCCCCAUGGUCAAAGUCUCCGAGGGUAAAUACAAAGUGGGAGACUCCAACGCGCUCAUCUUCGUGCGAGUGCUGAGGAGCCACGUGAUGGUGCGCGUCGGUGGCGGCUGGGACACACGCUGGCAUUACCUGGACAAGCACGACCCGUGCCGCUGCGCCUCCCUCUCCCACCGCCUGCCCCCCGCCCGCCCUCAGGCCUUCUCCCCACAGAAGCAGCCGCCAGCCCCAGCACCCCACGCCGUGCCGAGCCCCCCUGCCCUGGGGACAGGGACAGGGACCGGGACCGGGACCGGCGUCUCCCCGUUCCCGGGGGCUGCCCCCCACCCAGCGGCAUCCCGAAGCCGUCGGCCGGGGCCGUGCUGCCCCCGCGGGGCCCCGCACACGGCUCCGCCAGCCCCUGCAGGAGCCCCGGCGGAGCCCUCAGGUAGGGUCAGCACCCAUGGGUGCUGCUGGGGGGGGGGUCCCCGUGCUGUCCCCCCACUGUCCCCUCAUUGUCCCCAUGCUGCCCCCAUUCCCCUCCCACCAUCCCGUCCCCUCACUAUCCUGUCCCCAUCCUGUCCCCUGUCCCCAUGCUGACCCUUCAUUGUCCCC